UGGGAAAGGGGUAUCUACGAUUCCUGUUAUUGGCUGGUUUUGACACGUGGUGCUUGAUCCUAGCAGCCAAUUGGUCAGCCAGCCACUCAGGCGCGAUUUUGCAACGCGGGACAAGCGCUGCUGCUGCGGUCUCACACACAGCUCACGGAGGACGAGGACACGCAGCCUGCUUCCGUGGACAGUUUACAGAAGAGAACAAUCUGACAGCUUUAGUUUGUGUCCGUUGACAUGAGGGACACCUUCAGCCCGGACUGAGACGGUAUUUUGGAGUGCUGUUUGACUUAAAGUAGUUAAAGUGAACUUUUUUUUGGCUAACAGUUCUGCAGACAGUAAUGAUGGCCGAAACGAAGCAGCCUAAUGUUAUUUUUUGCAACGAUUCCCCAAAAAGAGUUCUGGUUUCUGUCAUCAAGACCACGCCCAUCAAACCCGGGAAAGCGGAGGCCCUGACGCCGACCAGUCCCGGGUUCAGUGACUUCAUGGUCUACCCGUGGAAGUGGGGUGAGAACGCCUACAACGUGAGCCUGAGUCCGAGCUCCGUGUGCGGGGCUUCGUCCCCGACCGGGACCCAGACAGCCAGGGAGGCGGAUCCGGCUCCGUCACCGGACCAGAUCAAGGAUGGUAUCCGCAGGGGCCGUCCACGAGCUGACACUGUCCGAGAGCUGAUAAGUGAGGGGGAGACGUCCUCGAGUCAUAUCCGUUGUAACAUCUGUAACCGGGUGUUCCCGAGAGAGAAGUCUCUGCAGGCUCACAAGAGAACACACACAGGUGAAAGGCCGUAUCUGUGUGACUAUCCAAACUGUGGGAAGGCGUUUGUGCAGAGUGGCCAGCUGAAGACACACCAGCGUCUGCACACAGGAGAGAAACCAUUUGUCUGCUCUGAAAAAGGAUGUGGCAAUCGGUUCACACAUGCCAACCGUCAUUGCCCCAAACAUCCUUUUACCCGCUUGAGAAGGGAGGAACCAAAGGAGGACCAGGGUAAAGCACAAUCGGUGGACAAUAAGGCGGUGGCAGAGUGGCUGGCAAAGUACUGGAGAACCCGCGAGCAGCGUGCACUUACUACCACUAAGGUGAAACCACAGGGCAGCGGAACAGCUGAGGACCAGGAGCAGCAGGAUCCCAAGGGCUUCUUCCAAUCAGAUGAGGAGGAGGAGAUGGCAGAGGAAGAGAAGGGCAGCCAGGUGGGAGCUGCCAAACGACGCCUCCAAGAGCAACGAGAGCGUCUGCACGGUGCCCUGGCACUUAUUGAGCUGGCCAAUAACCUGUCUCCCUGAACACCCAUCCAUUUAAUGGUCCUGGACUCCCCAACCUCCUCCUCACAUUUCCAUUCACUGACUUCCUGCAGUGUGUGCUGUAGCUAUAAUUUGUUCAUGAACGCAGAUCAGAGAGACUAGCGUUAGUUAUUCUUACAAGUUUUGAAACUAGACUUUAAAGAGCUGCAUUGGCCUCAGAUCGUUGUUUCAAAGCAUAGCGCCACACCCUCCCCCCCACAGCACCAGGAAGCAUAAGCUAACGCACCUUAUUCAGCUUCCAUCCUUUUAGGCUGCUAUUAAUGUAGAUUUGAAUAUAUGAAGAAUGUUUUUCUCUUGCCUUAUAAAGGCAAAGAAAGUACCAAUUACAUAAAAAAAGGAUUUGUUUGCACUUUGAUGGUAACGAGUUGUUAAGUAUAUUAUGAGAGUCAGUGAGUGUGUAUGACUUGUGUAUAUAUGGAUUUAUGAACAGAUGAUACAGGGUGCAGUCAGACAUGAGCUUUGUAAGUUGCAUUUGGACUUUCAGAAGGCCUCCUCAUGCUCCUAGUUUUCAUCUCCAGCACUGUAAACACAAUUUUCCCGCAUUUUAUGAUGGUGGGGUGGAAAUGGACUUGUAAAGAAUUCUUGUGGCUUUCGCCCUCCCUGUACAGUUGUGUCAGAGUGAUGGCCAUGGGUGGAUGAAAAGGAGACGAGGCUGAUUCAGUUUGAAUUUUUUUUUUUGUGAAGGAGAUGACUGCAAGCCUAAUCCAGAUGUCUGCGUUAGCCACAAGAAUCUGACCUGUUGGGACUACAUGCCUCACGUACGAUCUCAAAUCCACUAAUGCUGCACAGCGGCCUUAAAAUGUUUUAUGGAAUUAAGAAAUAAUGAGAUGUUUUUUAGAAUGUGAGGCAUCAUUUAUGUUAAAAGGUGGCAGAAUGGAGUUGACAUUUUAGAGUCCUGAUAAUUACAGUCGAAAUUUUUAGUUUUUAUUAGUGAAAAAGUUUAAGGGUUUUUAAAGGCAAGGUAAAAUUCAGAAAUGGUUAAGCUACCUUCAAGUUGACAUGGAUGUUCUUUUUCAACAAAGCAAUUUCAUUACUACAGAAUUUUUGGAUUAAUCUUGGGGUCCACAUAAGAUUGAUUUGUCAUGUCCUGGAAAAUAUAUUUUUAAGCAACACUACAUAUUUUGACACUGUAUGAAACCUGUUAACCAGUCUGCCAUUGUUUUCAGUAAGCAAGCACUGCAAAGCAGCCUGCCUGUCACUAGUUGUAGUUAUAGUUGAUGGGAUUAAAAAUAAAUAAAUAAAACACUUGUGAUAUUUAAAGUGAGACUGGAAGCCAAGUAAAUUGUUAACCACAUGAUAUUGAUCCCAUUGAUCUACUUUGAAGCAUUUCUAACGUUUUGUCUGUGUGGUUUGAGACAAUUAUGACAUUUAAUAUAUAUGAUAUUAGAGACUUGAGUGUGCAAAUAACCAACAGCUUUGAAGUUGACUUACUUUCAUUUUUACCACCUCUGUUAUCAUUUAACAGUAUUCAUGUGUUUGGCAUUUAUAGUCAUGAUCCUGCUUGCUUGGUAGUCAUCUGUUACACAUUUUAAACAAGACUGACAGUUUGUUCACACCAUCUUGUUGUUGUUCAAUAAACAUUCAUUGAUCAC